GAUUCGACAGCAGCAACUCCCCGGACGCACGCAGGCCUCAAAGCCCCCAGCUUCCGUGCCCCCUCGGCCCUGAAACUUGAAGCAGGGUAGGGGUCCAGCAUGAAGCCCCCGGACCGCCCCGCCCCUGGUCGCACUGACCGGAUACUGGGGGUCAUGGGGGGCAUGCUGCGCGCAUGCGCCGUACCAGGGCAGGAGGGGCCCCCGGAAAGAGAUCCCUUAGGGCCUGGGAGUACCAAGGCGGAGAGCGAUUGUGCCGAGGAGGUUCAGACAGGGGAGCGCGAAAGCGAGGUCCUUCCCUGGGCUCCGCAGCCCGAAUCCUAUUCCAUUGCUGGUAGUGAGGGGAGUAUAUCUGCUUCUGCUGCCUCUGGUCUGGUUGCCCCCUCUGGCCCCAGCUCUGGCCUCAGCUCUCACCCUUGUUCCCCGGGCCCCCCAGGGCCAGUUACUGGCCUGAGGAGAUGGUUGGAUCAUUCCAAACAUUGUCUCAGUGUGGAAACUGAGGCAGAUGGUGGUCAAGCAGGACCAUAUGAGAACUGGAUGCUGGAACCUACUCUAGCCACAGGAGAGGAGCUGCCAGAACUGACCUUAUUGACCACAUUGUUGGAGGGUUCUGGAGUUAAAGUACAGCCACCUGAAGAGGAGACUUUGUCUCAAGUUCCCAAGAAUGAGGAAGAACAGAAGGCAGCUCUGGAAAGGAGUAUGUAUGUCCUGAGUGAGCUGGUAGAAACGGAGAAAAUGUAUGUGGACGACUUGGGGCAGAUUGUGGAGGGUUACAUGGCUACUAUGGCUACUCAGGGGGUCCCUGAGAGUCUUCGAGGUCGUGACAGGAUUGUGUUUGGGAACAUUCAGCAAAUCUACGAGUGGCACCGAGACUAUUUCCUACAGGAGCUGCAGCAGUGUUUGAAGGAUCCUGAUUGGUUGGCUCAGCUAUUCAUCAAACAUGAGCGCCGGCUGCAUAUGUACGUGGUGUACUGUCAGAAUAAGCCCAAGUCAGAGCAUGUAGUUUCAGAGUUUGGGGACAGCUACUUUGAGGAGCUCAGGCAGCAGCUAGGACACCGCCUGCAGCUCAAUGACCUCCUCAUCAAACCUGUGCAGCGGAUCAUGAAAUACCAGCUACUGCUCAAGGAUUUUCUAAAGUACUACAGCAGAGCUGGGAUGGAUACUGAAGAGCUAGAGCAAGCUGUGGAGGUCAUGUGCUUUGUGCCCAAGCGCUGCAAUGAUAUGAUGUCCCUGGGGAGACUUCGGGGAUUUGAGGGAAAACUGACUGCUCAGGGGAAGCUCUUGGGCCAGGACACAUUCUGGGUCACAGAGCCUGAAGCUGGGGGUCUGCUUUCUUCCCGGGGUCGAGAGAGGCGAGUCUUCCUGUUCGAGCAAAUCAUCAUCUUCAGUGAGGUGUUGGGAGGAGGAGGUCGAGGUGGCACACAGCCUGGCUAUGUGUACAAGAGCAGCAUUAAGGUGAGCUGCCUGGGACUGGAGGGGAAUCUCCAAGGCAACCCUUGCCGAUUUGCACUGACCUCUAGGGGGCCAGAAGGUGGGAUCCAGCGCUAUGUCCUGCAGGCUUCAGACCCUGCAGUCAGUCAGGCCUGGAUCAAGCAAGUGGCUCAGAUCCUGGAAAGCCAGCGUGACUUUCUCAAUGCAUUGCAGUCACCCAUUGAGUACCAGAGACGUGAGAGCCAGACCAACAGCCUGGGGCGCCCAGGAGGGCCUGGGGUAGGGAGCCCUGGGAGAAUGCGGCCUGGAGACUGGGCCCAGGUCAGCAUGCGCACACCCAUCAAUGGCUCUCUCCCCUCCCUGCUGCUUUUGCCCAAAGUGGAGGUGCCCAGAGUGCUCCUGCCCCUGGACACACAGGCGCUCAGUGACACCCUCCCGGGUCCUCACGACUCUACUCUAGCCCUUCCAACUCCAAGCACCCCUCCCUGCCAGGCCAGGCUUGCCAAGCUGGAUGAAGAUGAACUGUAACUGGUUAAGGCUAUGAGAGUGGUGCUAAUUCAGCCACUGAUUCCCCAAGCAAGUUGAGGACAAUCCUGGGGAUGCUCCAGAAUUCCUUCUUCCUGGUGUGUGUGGAGAGUGGGCCAGGCUGGAAGAAAUAUCAAUGGAGGGGAGAACCUAGACCAGAAAGGACUCCUUUCUACCCAAGAAACACAGGAUCCUUCAGCUCCACCCCUAUACAUGUAUCAUGGUACCCUUAAAUGGAGGAUAUGUAGGGGGUUGGGAGGGAGGGAUAAGGCAGGGGCCAGAGAGAAAUUACUGGGUUUUGUUGUGAUUUUGUUUUUCCAGUUUUCUGUGAAUAAAGGUUUUGUUAUUAUCACUGA